AGUUCGAUUUAUUUUAGGCUGAAAGACACAUGUGGGCCCUCAAGGGGCUAUUCAAAGCUGUAACAAAAAGAGACCCUCCAGGAACAGAAAGUGACGAUUCUGUCUGGAAUGGAAAACGAAACAGAAGAAAGUAAUAACGAGACAGCAAGAGUUUUCAUUAAGACUCAAGAAGAAUUAUUCGCAAGGAAGCAAGGAAACGAUGUUAAAGUUAUGUCAAACAAAAGAAAUGCAGAAUGUGUCAAAGGUUAUUCAAAUGAAGCAAAAGUAAGAAACGUUGUGGCCCAGGGUGAGAAAGAAGAUCAAUCGGAUAGCAGUCAGUCAGAUUCCGAAAGUGGCAAGGACGAGGAGGACCAAGAAGAACAAUCUGGAAGUGGGGAGGAUAACAGAGAUGAGGAUGAGAAUGAAGUCCAAGUUGUCAAAGAGAUUAAGUCGCAAACAAGAAACAAGUUUGAAUGCCCUCUGCGUUGUGGUGCAAAAGUAUUUCAGCUCCCACGACAUUUGAGAAAUGUCCACAGAUGGAAAGCAGACCGUGCCAGAAAUGCAGUUAACCACUUUGACAUACGUCACCAUCAGAGAAAUUCCAGAAAACCGAAAGCUGUACGUGACAAGCGGAAGCAGAAAUACUGCAUUGAAUGUGGCGCAAACAACGGUAUCUCUCCAAACACUUACAGAAACAACACGCUGAACAAGAAGGGGGAAUACAAUACGUCUCUUACAACAAGCUUAACUGGUAAGCAAGAGAUCGAAACAGCAAGCGGUUCCUCGACUGCAGACGACGAAAACACCAUAAUGGAUGAGGUUCAAGGGUUGGAAGGAACCGAAGCUGAAGAUGAUGCAGCAAAUCCCGACUAUGAUGAAGAUGAAAGUGGUGAGGCGGAAAUCGACACGUCAGUCUUUAUACUGACCCAGGACAGUAGAAGAAUUUUUGACAAGUUUGAAAAGUGGAUUCUAAGUCCUGACGGAGGUGAGAAAGAUCCAAAGCCAGCUUCACUGGUAGUCAAAGAUGUGAAGCAAAGAUUCUGGGAAAAACAAGAGGAAGAUUUGUCUUGCCUCAUAACUCCAGAAAAGGUGCAAGAGUUUGCCAAAACAGCGUUUGCACGGAGUCAAGUCAAAUUUUUAGACGAGUUGAUUGACAACAAGGAGAAACUUCCUGUAUUAAGCCAAAAGGAGUACUGUGAUCUGCGAAACUUCUUGUUCAUUUACAUCUUGAGCCAGAAUGGGCAUAGGAGUGGUGUUUUAACGAACAGUACCCUUGCAGAGUACAACAAGAUGACCUGUGUAGAUGGAACCUACAUGGUUGCAGUAAAAGAUCACAAGACCUUUUCGUGCCACGGUCAAGCCAACCUCUGUUUUGACAACAGUCUAAAGGCAUGGGUAGACAUUUAUGUGGAGUGUGCAAGAAGUCAAGUUGACCCAGGCGAUGAAAGUGAUUCUUUGUUUCUAAAUUGGAGAGGAGGGAAGAUGUCAAGCAGUGAUCUUUCAGCAGCAUUGACCAGUGCCUGGAGAAAGGCUGGUAUGAUUGGGAAUGACAGGCGCAUAUCCGGCACUCUGAUGAGGAAGUCUUGCACCACUGCUGUCCGUAACCACAAUAACAAAGUCAAGGGGAGUGUUGCUGCCCACAUGGCACACAGUGAGCAUACGGCAGAUAAGCAUUACAAUCUAGUUCAGAAGCGUGCAAACUCUGCUUUUGCAGCCAGGCAGUUAGCUGCCAUUAUGCAUGGGAAUUCGUCUUCUGUUAUAUCAUCUCGUGAAAGAAAAGUUGAUCCUGAAUCUAAUGCAUAUGAUGACAACGACCUAACACAUACACCACCUCUACGGCAGACCUGGACAGAAGAAGAGCAUAAAGCAGUCCAGGAAGUGUUUGCAGACCAGAUAAGCCGUCAAUCAGUAACAAUGAGAGAAGUAUUAGCACUUAAGCAGACCCAUCCACUGCUCAAAAAAUUUUGAAAACAAAAGAUUGCUCGACAAAAUAAGGGGAUUGUAUCGGUUUAAGAAAAUCGAUAGUGAAUGUCUGCAAGACACCCAGAGAAGUGACGAUGCCGUUAAGGAGGGGGAUUCGGAUGCCAGCUCAGUUAUGGGUCCAUCUACAAGUCAAAGUAAAUCAAGAGUCUUUGACGAGGAAGAGGUCAGUCUGUUCAAAGAACUUUUCAAGGACAUGAUUCAGAGGGGUGCGAAGAUAGAACAGAGGGUUGUGGUAGAGCGACUGAAGCAGAAUGGUCAUGGACAAAUCUAUGAAAAAUACACAAAACAGAAAGUGACGGAUAAAAUAAGAGGUCUUCGCUCCACACAUAUCAGGCAGUGGAGAAAGUAAUCAGUAACAUUCAAGCAAACACGUUUAGCUUGAAUUCUUGUAAUACAAUGACUGGAUGUGUUGCGGUGUUGUGUGCAAACAGAUGUAUGAUGUUAAGGCCACUUAGACGUUCAUGAAUACUUGUUUACUUUUGUUUAUAUUGUAUGCACGUUAUGACUACAAUGAACUGUUUUUGAAGGAUUUCGUUUUGAGCUGUAAAUUGUGAAAUACGAUUUCCAAAUCCUUUAAGUCAUUCUACGUCACACGUGAACGGUACUUGUCAAAUAUAAAUAGCUCCAAAGUAGCACUUUUAGUUAAUAUAUGAGCAUUUGAUUUUACCUUUCUGGCCAUAUUAUUUUGUACUUUCAGUCUGUUUCAACGUAGCAAAUUGCCUUCGCUUGUGACGUAGAAUGGCUGUAACAGUUAUUUCGAUAAGUGACACUGUGGAUUUUGACCAAAGCAACUUGACUGUGGGUAGUAAUUUUUUUUAAAGGUACUCCAAUCGGAAAGUCACAGAUAAGGGGUCUUCGUUUGACAUUAAUUAGCCAAGGAAAAAAUUGUAGACACAGGCAAUGCGGAGAAAAUUAUUGUAGAUCAAUUUUUAGAUGUAUCGUGUGUUGAUGUUGCAAUAACUUGUGGCCGCGUAUGGCGUGGAAAAUCAUUUGACCUGUUUUUCCGGGCACGCUUUUAAUGGUGAUAGAACGCUUAUGCUUAAUAUCGAUUGUAAAGAUUACUGGCAUAGUCAUUGCUCUACGUGUCAACCUUCUCUUUA